GAGCGCGACUGACCCGGAAGCCAAGGACGGCCAUAGCAGCAGGAGGCGCGGGCGGCCGAUUACUUUCUCAGGGAUGACUCAGUUAGGUGCCAUUGCAGCUUUGGCUGCUAGCCUAGUGGCAGCUGCUCUUUUUUCUGCAAUACACAAGAUUGAAGAAGGGCAUAUUGGUGUUUACUACAGAGGAGGAGCACUCCUGACAUCUACAAGUGGACCUGGUUUCCAUCUAAUGCUCCCCUUCAUAACUUCCUAUAAAUCAGUACAGACCACCUUACAAACAGAUGAAGUAAAGAAUGUUCCAUGUGGCACAAGUGGAGGAGUGAUGAUUUAUUUUGACAGGAUUGAGGUUGUGAACUUCCUGAUCCAAAGUGCGGUCUACGAUAUAGUGAAGAACUAUACUGCAGAUUAUGAUAAGGCUCUCAUCUUCAACAAGAUCCACCAUGAGCUGAACCAGUUUUGCAGUGUUCACACACUUCAGGAAGUUUAUAUUGAAUUGUUUGAUCAGAUUGAUGAAAACCUAAAACUGGCUCUCCAACAAGAUCUGACAUCUAUGGCUCCAGGACUCAUCAUACAGGCAGUCCGAGUUACAAAGCCAAACAUCCCAGAAGCAAUUCGGAGAAAUUAUGAGCUCAUGGAGAGUGAAAAGACAAAACUGUUGAUUGCAGCCCAGAAGCAGAAAGUUGUGGAGAAAGAGGCUGAAACAGAACGCAAAAAGGCUCUCAUUGAGGCAGAAAAAAUUGCGCAGGUGGCUGAGAUAACGUAUGGGCAGAAGGUAAUGGAAAAAGAAACAGAGAAGAGAAUAUCUGAGAUUGAAGAUGCCGCAUUCCUCGCCAGAGAAAAAGCGAAAGCGGAUGCUGAAUGUUACACAGCCCUGAAGAUCGCCGAAGCCAACAAGCUAAAACUGACUCCGGAAUACUUGCAAUUAAUGAAAUACAAAGCGAUUGCCUCCAAUAGCAAAAUCUACUUUGGCAAAGAUAUACCCAACAUGUUUAUGGACCACGGUGCGACUCCCACUAAGUUUUCUGAAGGACAGGCAGAGGAGCUAAAAGUUGAAAAUUGGCUGGAAACAGGGGAAGAUUUGUGAAGUCGGGAACAGACAGAAGGGCAGCACAACCCCUGUCUGAAGCCAUCCAAACUGGCGUUUGGCUAUUUGAUGUGCGGUCUCUACCUUCCAGGGAGUGGGGAACCAUUGAGCCCAUUGGGCUAGAAAGAAAAAAACACCCUUUCUGUUCUGAAAAGACAGUCUGAAGAAGCACUGCAACUCAGACUCCUGACUUCAUCUUUCUUAGCGGUCAAGAUACACUGCCUUAUUGAUCUUUGUGCCGAUGGAGAGAGCAACAGUGAAUCAUGCUAAAAGAAGAGGCGGGGUCCCCAUGAUUGACUCUGCCUCCACUUCAAUUAGAUAAAGCAUGCUCAGAUUUAUUUUUGGAGCAAGAGAAACCUUUUCAUGUGAGAAACUCAACUAUCCUCUUAUACUUGUACAUAUACUAUAGGUCCGCCCCAUAGGAAAAAAAAAAAAAAAACAUUUGGAGAAUUGAAAAAAGGACUCGCUCUUUCUUUUGGUGUUGGAAAAUUAGUCUUGAUAUAGCCCAAACUGAUUCCUUCUAGAAGUCUUGGAACUGCCAACUCCCCAGAAUGUAAGUUGUUGGGGAAGUUGACCGGGAAGCCCAUGAGUUACAGUCCCAACUCUUCUGAAGGGCAUACGGUUCAGUAGGCUAAUAUUUUUGGGGACAAUAUGUGGAUGAGCAGAUCAUCUCUGCAUGUUGAAUUAUUUGCAUUCACGAGCGUAGUCUCCAGUCAUUGGAUUUCACCAGUAGUCAGUGGCAGCCUAUUCCUUCAAAAAUAAAGGUGCUAAUUUUGAUUUUUUUAAAACAAAAAAAAAAACAACACUACAGAUUAAAAGCCUUGGCAUGGAAACUUGGAGCAUUAAACAUUAACUAAAGAUCUGUCGAUUGGUGCUUAUUUCAAGAUCCGCAAAGCACAUCUAGAUCCAAGGUCCACCUUUCCACCUUGUAGAAAUUGGUUGGGACAGUCCUAGGACAAAUGUCAGGUGAGAUGUUUCUU